CGCCCCACUGCUGUCAAACAACAAAAACCACCAGAUGUGGCCAAAUCUGACAUCUGAAGACAUAAUUCGACAUGUGGAGAACAUGUGCAGCAAAACGUCAGUCUUACGAGGACAGGUUUUAGGGGAAAGCGUCCUCCCUCUCCCAACUGCAACUGACUGGAUAGAAAAUUUACACGACUCCGUUGAAAUGUAUAAUAACUAUGACCGGGUGUUGGCCCACACCAUAGAGACCCAGGUCAUCAUCUGGGCCAGUCUAAUCCAGAAGAUUUUAAAGGAGAAUUCAUCAGAUCUACUCAUGACAGGCUGUAAUCCCGGGCCCACCGUAGAGCUGAAGUUUUGGGCAUCCAGGAUGAGCAAUAUACAGAACAUUUAUCACCAGCUUCAGAGUCCAAUUGUUCAAAAGAUGGCAAAAAUGUUGGAGAUGAUGGAUAGCAGCUAUCAUCCAACAAUCAAGACUCUAGUUGGAAAUGUAUUUGAGGCGCUACAAGAAGCAGAGGACAUUAACCUCCAUCUGCAGCCACUGCAUGCUCAUGUGUCUCAGCUGAAGAAGAAAGGAUUUUCUCACUGGGAAACUCUCCUCCCUGCACUGUUUCACAUACUCUUCCUUAUCUGGGCCAACUGUAAAUCUUAUCAAAGACCAGCACGCAUUGUCGUGUUACUACAGGAACUGUGCAAUAUGCUCAUUGAAGAGGCAUCCACCUACCUAUCUGAUGAUCUGCUGCUCAGAGAGGACCCAGUGGAAAGUCUGCAAAUGGUAAAGAGAGUAAUCCAAGUUUUCAGAUGUUUCAGAGGCUGUUACCAGACCCAGAGGGAGCGGUUGGUCAACCAUGUGAAACAUGCACCCUGGGAUUUCCCAUCUGCCAUGAUUUUUGCACGUUUCAACCAGUUCCAUAAUCGUAUGCUACAGCUGGAGGGCUUAUUUGAAAUAAUGCUGGAAUUUCAGAGGAUGGAAAAGCUGGAAUUUGGUGGACUCCAAGGGAAACUCUACAGUGAGCGUGUUGCUCAGCUGUAUAAAGAGUUUACUAAUCACUGCCAAAUGAUGAAGCACAGUGAAAACAGCCCAUUUGACUUAAACUCUCAGGAUUUUGAAAAUGAAUAUAAGGCUUUCAAAGAGUGGAUUGUGGACUUUGAACGCCACCUUGCCAGCCUUCUAUGCUUGGCUUUUAAGGAUUGUUCAGGACUGGAGUCAGCUUCCAAACUGCUAACUAUUGUUGGACCCUUCCUGGAGAGAAGACAAAUUAGACUGAUAUUCAGCCCCAGCCUCCAUUUGCUGCAGCAGUAUUUCAGAGAUGAGUUGGAGAAAUGUAAAUUCCUGUUUAAAUCCCAGAUCUAUCAGCGGGAAAGAGGUCUGAUUAAGAACACGGCUCACACAUCUGGGGCUUUGAAGUGGGCAAAAAUGAUCAGACAACGCAUUGAAAUACCAUGGAAGAAACUAAGAAUACUUUUUGACAUGCUUGCAGGAAGCGUGGAGAUGGCGAAGGACCACAAAAUGUACAUGGAAAUGCUGAGUCUCCUGGAGCAAUAUGAGCAUGAUGUUUACACUGACUGGUGUAAUGGUUUAGAGCAGUCUUGCUUGAUCAACCUGAACCAGCCCCUAAUCUCCAGAAAUGCCACAUCUGGCCUGGUCUCAGUCAACUUCAAUCCAAAGCUCGCUGAAGUCUUAAAAGAUGUGAAAUACAUUCAGAGUCUCAGUAAGGGUCAGAUCCCUGCAGCUGCAAUUACUGUUUUUGAAAAGCGUGACAUGUUCACAAAGUAUGUGAGCAGUCUGCAGCUGUUAGUACAAUGGUACAACAAGCUCAAGAUGACAGUGCUGGCAGUAGAACUUCCUCUAAUCCGAGCUGAGCUGGACUCUAUAGACCUGCAGUUGAUGAGAGCAGAGACUGACUUCACAUGGCAGGACCUGGACUGUGGGAGCUUCAUCAGCACUACAAAAGAUCUGGUCCAAGACCUUGCAGGUCGAGUCUGUAAAGUCAAGGAUAACUGUGAAGCCAUUCAGUCUCUCAUGAAAGAAUGGCGCAAACAAGCCAUGUUUUGUAGAAAAGACAACAAGAGAGGUUCACUUAUACAACUGGAAGACAGAGGAGACCGUGUCAAUAAGAAGUACAACGCAAUAAUGAAGGACGGAGCUGCAGUCCAUAAGCUGGUGCAGGAGAAUAUGGUCCUUUUUCAUGCUGACCCAGCUUCAGAGAUGUGGCAGUCAUACCUGGAAUAUGUGGACGAGAUGGUGGUGGAGGGGCUUUACAGCUACAUCAGUAGCUCUCUUCAGUUUUUUGUUGACAACAUGGAGUCUCGGUCAAACCAGGCUCCUCUCUUUGAGGCUCAGUUGAUGCUGAAUGGCUCCCGAGUGGUUUUCCAUCCCUCACUGGAGCGAGAUGCAGGGGACGGCCUCUAUGAACUGAUAGAAGGACUGGUCAGAGACAUAUACAAGACAUCAGUGAAUGUGAAAAGAGUGGCUGAUCACCUGUGCAUGGAGAGUUACCAGGAUGUAAUGGAUGACAUGCAAGAUUUGUUGGACCUGAGACAAGAAAUAAUGGAGCGCGUGGAAAAUGUUCUGAGGAAAGCAGUAAUUUACCAGGGAAAGUUUGACUGCUACACGCAUCUGUGGAAAGAUGACAGUGCUGAGUUUCUCAGCUUGUUUCUCCUGUAUGGACGUCCACUUACAGAUGAAGAGACAGAGGCUCACGGAGCAGAUGUGCUCCCUGAGAGCCCUCCCACAAUCGAUAACUUCAAAAAACAGAUCGAUUGCUUUGAGGAUCUCUACAUAGAGAUUUCCAAGCUUGAGGAUUUCAGAGUCUUUGAUGGAUGGUUUCGGGUGGACAUCAAGUUCUUUAAAGUCAGCCUCCUUAACUCUGUUAUGAAGUGGAGUUGGCUUUUCAAAGAGCACCUUCUCACAUACGUCACACAGAGUCUCGAUGAGCUGCAAAUGUUCAUUCGAGACACUGUUGAAGGGUUAAAUCAUCCUGUAUCUAAAGGAAACCAUUGUGGUCUGGUGGAAGUUAUGAGUCACUUGCUGGCUGUCAGAGACAGACUAACAGCCACAGACAAGAUGUUUGAGCCUCUUAAAGACACAAUAGUACUCCUAGAACGAUACGGUGUGGCCAUACCAGAACACGUCUACUCCCAGAUGGAGGAGCUCCCUGAGAAAUGGUGUGCUGCUAAGAAACUAACCAUUAAAGUGAGGCAUGAGGUGGCUCCCAUGCAGAAUGCGGAAGUGAUGGUUUUACGCAGACGAUGCAUGGCAUUUGAGGUUAAACAAACUGAAUUCAGGGAGAUGUUCAGAGCAACAGCACCCUUUGGUUACAUUGCAGUGUAUCCCUACAUCAGUUUGGAGAAAUCUGAAAAAGCAAUUCGAGACAUGGAGAAGGAAGUAGCAGAGCUCCAGAAGGCCACAAAUCUAUUUGAUGUUAUUAUUCCUGACUAUAGAGACAUUAAGCUCUGCAGGAGAGAAAUCACCAUCCUCAAAGAGCUGUGGGACAUUGUCAUAUUUGUGCAGAACAGUGUGAAAAACUGGACAAUGACCAAAUGGAGGGAGAUAAACGUGGAACAGAUGGAUGCCGAAUUGAGGGGGUUUGCCAAGGACAUACGGAAGCUUGACAAGGAGGCUCGUGUAUGGGAUGUGUAUUCUGGGCUAGACCUUUACGUAAAGAACCUGUUGACAUCACUGCGUGCUGUGAGUUAUCUACAGAACCUGGCAAUACGAGAGCGCCACUGGAUGCAGCUAACUGGAACAACACAGAUGAACAUCACUGUCACUGACACUACCACCUUGGAAGACCUCUUGGCGCUGCAGCUCCAUUUGUUCGAAGAUGAAGUUCGCAAUAUAGUGGAUAAGGCAGUCAAAGAAGUGGCCAUUGAGAAGGUUGUGACAGAAAUCAGUGAAAGGUGGGCAUCAAUGGAGCUUUCAUAUGAAGAUCAUUACCAUACCUCCGUGCCUCUUCUUAAAUGUGAUGAGGAGCUUAUUGAAACUCUUGAGGAUCAUCAGGUACAGCUUCAGAGUGUCUUUCAGAGCAAGCAUGUAAAUCACUUCCUGAUCCAGGUGUUGGAACUACAAAAGCAGCUAACUGUGGCUGACUCUGUGCUAAUGGUUUGGAUGGGGGUCCAAAGGACAUGGACUUACCUGGAAAGCAUCUUUAAAGGCUGUGAUGACAUCUGCCAACAGCUGCCCACAGAUGCACACAGGUUCCAAGUCAUUGACAGAGAAUUCAAGGAACUAAUGUUGGACAGUGCCAAAACCAAGAAUGUUAUUGAGGCCACCAACAAACCUCAUCUAUUUGAGAAGUUGGAAGAUCUACAAAAAAGGCUGUCACUGUGUGAAAAAGCUCUUGCUGAAUACUUGGAGACAAAGAGGCUAGCCUUUCCACGAUUCUACUUUAUUUCAUCUGCAGACCUGUUUGACAUCCUCUCUAAAGGAAGUCGUCCCAAAGAGGCAGUUGUCCACCUCUCAAAGUUGUUUGACAACAUGUCAGAUCUGGAGUUUGCAGAGAGUCAACAUUUGGACAACCCUAAACACGCCGUGGGAAUGUACAGCAGAGAGAGGGAAUAUGUCCAAUUCCAGACUGAAUGUCGCUGUUAUGGACCAGUGGAAGCAUGGCUUACAUGUCUUGAAGAGUCUAUGAAGGACAAUGUUAGGUGUCACCUCUCUGAAGCGGUGUCUGUGUAUGAGGACAAGCCCAGAGAACAGUGGAUUCUUGACUUCCCUGCUCAAGUGGCUCUCACUGGAUCCCAGAUCUGGUGGAGCAACGAUAUGGAGCUUGUAUUUAAAAGGCUGGAGGAAGGCUAUGAUUCUGCACUAAAGGACUACAACAAGAAACAGGUUUCUCAGCUCAACUCAUUGAUUAGCUUGCUACUGGGAGAGCUGAGCUGGAGCAACAGACAGAAGAUCAUGACGAUAUGCACGAUUGAUGUCCAUGCUAGAGAUGUGGUCACCAACCUCAUUAGGCUAAAGGUUACCACCUCACAGGCCUUCCAGUGGCUCUCCCAGCUUCGGCAUUGCUGGAAUGAGCAGCAGCGCCACUGCUAUGUUAACAUCUGCGAUGCUCAGUUCCUUUACUCUUAUGAGUAUCUUGGGAAUACGCCACGUCUCGUCAUCACUCCUCUCACAGACCGGUGCUACAUUACUUUGACUCAGUCACUCCAUCUGACCAUGAGUGGAGCCCCAGCAGGCCCAGCUGGAACAGGGAAGACUGAGACCACCAAGGAUCUUGGUAGGGCUUUGGGCAUCAUGGUAUACAUCUUCAAUUGUUCUGAACAGAUGGACUACAAGUCAAUUGGAAAUAUCUACAAGGGUCUGGCCCAGACUGGAGCAUGGGGCUGCUUUGAUGAGUUCAACCGUAUCGCUGUGGAUGUUCUGUCAGUCGUAGCAGUGCAGGUCAAAACAAUACAGGACGCCAUUCGCUCAAAAAAGAAAAGGUUCCUGUUUCUGGACAAAGACAUUGUCAUAAAGCCCUCUGUGGGGAUUUUUAUCACCAUGAACCCGGGAUAUGCAGGCAGAACAGAGCUACCUGAGAACCUCAAGGCUCUUUUCAGACCCUGUGCCAUGGUGGUGCCUGACACUGAGCUUAUCUGUGAGAUAAUGUUGGUGGCAGAGGGCUUUCGUGGUGCAAAGCUUUUAGCCCGGAAGUUCAUCACUCUGUACACCCUCUGUAAAGAACUGCUCUCCAGGCAGGACCACUAUGAUUGGGGUUUGCGUGCUGUCAAGUCAGUUCUUCUUGUGGCAGGGACACUGAGACGAAGAGACAAGACUAGACCAGAGGAUCAGGUGCUGAUGCGUGCUCUGAGGGACUUCAAUAUGCCUAAAAUUGUCACUGAGGAUGUCACUAUCUUCUUGGGACUUCUUGGUGACCUGUUCCCAGGUCUGGAGGUGGAGAGAGAGAGGAGCUAUGAAUUUGAAAAUGCCAUCCGAAAGACCACACUGGAGCUGCGACUCCAGCCUGAGGAGCCAUUCAUCCUAAAGGUGGUACAGUUGGAGGAACUUCUAUCAGUGCGUCAUUCUGUCUUUGUUGUUGGAAAUGCAGGAACUGGGAAAAGCCAGAUAUUGAGAGUACUUCAUAAAACAUAUGCAAACUUAAAGAGGAAGCCUGUGUGGAAUGAUCUCAAUCCUAAGGCGGUCGACAGAGAUGAAUUGUUUGGCUUCAUCCAUCCUGGAACUCGAGAAUGGAAAGAUGGUUUGCUUUCAUUGCUGAUGCGAGAGCAGGCAAACAUCUCCCACCUAGGACCUAAGUGGAUUGUGUUGGAUGGAGACAUUGAUCCAAUGUGGAUUGAAUCACUCAACACAGUGAUGGAUGACAACAAGGUCCUGACUCUGGCUAGUAAUGAACGUGUGCCACUUACCUCUUCUAUGCGACUGCUGUUUGAAAUAAGUCACUUAAAAACAGCCACUCCUGCCACCGUGUCCAGAGCAGGAAUCCUUUAUGUUAACCAACAAGACCUGGGCUGGAAUCCCUAUGUUGCCAGCUGGAUUGACCAACGAGAAAGGCUUACAGAGAGGGCCCACCUCACUAUACUGUUUGAAAAAUAUGUUCCUCGCUGUCUAGAAAAAAUUAGAAACAACUUCAAGACCAUAAUUCCCAUCCCAGAGAACUCUAUGGUGCAGACACUCUGCACUUUGCUUGACUGCCUUCUAACACCAGGAAAUAUCCCAUCUGACUCUCCACGUGAGCUCUAUGAGACAUAUUUCACCUUUGCCUGUAUCUGGGCUUUUGGUGGGGCCUUGUGUCAAGAUCAGCUCUGUGAUUACCGGGUAGAGUUCAGUUACUGGUGGACCAAAGAAAUGAAUACUGUGAAGCUUCCAGCACAGGGGACAGUGUUUGACUACUACCUGGACCCUCAAAGCAGACGAUUCCUGCCCUGGAGUGAUACUGUCCCUCCGUUUGAAAUGGAAACUUAUACACCAUUACAGGCUGUUCUGGUACACACAGCAGAGACUGUGCGUCUUCGGUACUUCAUGGACUUGUUGCUGGAGAGGAGACAGCCAAUGAUGCUUGUGGGUAAUGCAGGAGUGGGAAAGACUGCUCUUGUCAGGAACAAGUUAGACUCUCUGCCAGAGAGUUACAUGACCACAAAAGUACCCUUCAACUAUUACACUUCCUCCCUUAUGCUCCAGGGGAUCCUGGAGCAACCAUUGGAGAAAAGAGCUGGUAGAAGCUACUCUCCUGUAGGCAACAAAAAGCUGGUUUAUUUUUUAGAUGAUAUGAAUCUGCCAGCUGUGGACAGUUUUGGAACAGUGCAGCCUCAUACCCUUAUACGACAACAUCUGGACUAUGGUCACUGGUACAACAGACAGAAACUGACCCUUAAAGAAAUACACAACACCCAGUAUGUUGCCUGUAUGAAUCCAACAGCUGGGAGCUUCAAUAUCAACCCCAGACUACAGAGACAUUUCUCAGUGUUUGCAGUGAACUUUCCUUCAUCUGAGGCUCAGCUGUCGAUCUUCAGUCAGAUUCUCUGCACUCACCUAAAGCAGCAGCUUUUCAGUGCAGAGGUUCAGAGGAGCGCGGCGACUGUUGUCCAUGCUGCCAUCAGUCUUCAUAAGAGGAUGGUUCACAGCUUUCUGCCCACAGCAAUCAAAUUUCACUAUACAUUUAAUCUACGAGAUUUGUCCAGUGUCUUUCAGGGAAUUCUCUUUGCUGGACCAGAAAGUGUGAGAAACAGCACUGACCUGGCACUGCUGUGGCUCCACGAGUCCUGCAGAGUGUACUCAGACAGACUGGUAGAUGACAAGGACCUGCAGUCAUUCCGGAGGGUCCAGAUGGAGACUGUGCAUGAAUGCUUUGAGGGUAUGGUAUACAAAGAAGUCACAAAGCAGCCUCUCCUCUAUUGCCACUUUUCCCAGACGGAAGAGGGAGCUUCCUAUGCCCCUGUCACAGACUGGGCUGUGCUCAGGACAGUCCUUACAGAUGCACUGGAGAGCUACAAUGAGCUUAAUCCUGCCAUGAAUCUGGUGCUUUUUGAAGAUGCCAUGCAACAUGUCUGUCGCAUCAGUCGCAUCCUGGAGUCUCCGCGGGGUCAUGGCUUACUGGUUGGGGUCGGGGGCAGUGGGAAGCAGAGCCUGACUCGUCUAGCUGCAUACAUAUCUUCUGUGGAAGUCUUCCAAAUCACUCUAAGUAAAGGUUAUACCAUCCAGCACCUCAAGAUGGAUCUGACAGGUUUGUUUCUGAAGACUGGAGUGAAGAACCAGCGCGUGGCUUUGCUCCUGACUGACGCACAGAUACCCGAUGAGCGGUUCCUGGUCAUUAUUAAUGACCUACUGGCAUCGGGAGAAAUCCCAGUGCUUUUCAGUGAGGAGGAGAUUGAAGGCAUCGUGUCUAGUGUAAGACCUGAGGUCAGAGCCCUAGGACUGCUGGACAACAGGGAGAACUGCUGGAGGUUUUUCACUGAAAGAGUCCAACUGCAGCUCAAGGUGAUAUUGUGUUUGUCUCCUGUGGGCAAUGUCCUCCGUGUUAGGGCCCGUCGAUUCCCAGCCCUGGUCCAAUGCACCACCAUCAACUGGUUCCAUCCUUGGACCACUGAUGUUCUGCAGUCGGUCAGCCACCGGUUCAUCCAAGAGAUUGAAGGCAUUGAGCCUGCCGUCCAGGAAUCCAUCAGUCUUUUCAUGGCCUACGUUCACACUAGUGUCAACCAGGCAAGUGAAAAAUACCAGCGCAAUGAGAAGAGGUACAAUUACACCACCCCCAAGAGUUUUCUCCAGCAAAUCACACUGUACAGAAACCUUCUGGAGAAGAGCCGGGCUCAGCUCCAGCACAAGAUGAACCGGCUUGACAGUGGCCUUCAAAAACUACAAACCACCGCUGCUCAGGUUGAGGAUCUACAAGCCAAACUGGCAUCACAAGAAGGUGAACUGAUCCUUAAAAACCAGGAUAUCGAAGCUUUGCUCGGAAAGAUUGGACUGCAGACUGAGAAAGUUAGAAACAAGAGAGAAGCUGCAGAUGUUGAGGCACAAAAGGUGGUGCUCAUUCAGGCAGAAGUGUCAGUCAAACAGAAAGACUGUGAAAAUGACUUGGCCAAGGCAGAGCCAUCAUUGACAGCUGCCACAACAGCACUGGACACCCUCAAUAAAAUGAAUCUUACUGAGCUGAAGGCCUUUCCAAACCCUCCAGUGGCAGUGAUCAAUGUAGUAGCAGCUGUGAUGGUUCUGUUAGCCCCCCGUGGUCGAGUGCCUAAGGAUCGGAGCUGGAAGGCGGCACGGGCCUUCAUGGGCAAGGUGGAUGAUUUCCUCCAGGCCCUGGUGUCAUACGACAAGGAGCACAUCCCUGAGUCCUGUUUGACUGUGGUAAAGCAACAGUAUCUGAGAAACCCGGAGUUUCACCCUGACCUUGUUCGAACCAAAUCUACAGCUGCAGCUGGUCUCUGUGCCUGGACCAUUAACAUUGUCAAAUACUACGAGAUUUAUUGUGAGGUGAUUCCAAAGAGACAUGCAUUAUCACAAGCUAAUACAGAGCUAGAAAUGGCUACUGCCAAACUGCUUUCAGUUCAAAAGAAACUGGCUGACCUUGAUGCCAGUGUUCAGAGCUUAACAGCUCAGUUUGAAAGAGCUACAGCUGAGAAAAUCAGCUGUCAGGAAGAGGUGGCACAUACCAACCACACCAUCGAGCUGGCCAAUCAACUAGUCAAGGGCUUAGAGUCAGAGAAGGAACGGUGGUCCCAAGCACUUGUUCAGUAUGAAGAGCAACAGAAAACGCUGUGUGGUGAUGCCCUCCUCACUUCAGCAUUCGUCUCUUACAUGGGAUAUUUUACGAGGCAAUAUCGCAUUGAGCUCUUUAACAAUGCGUGGAUCCCCUUCCUUCAGUCUCAGAUGGUCUCCACACCACUGACAGAGGGCCUGGAUCCCAUCCUCAUGCUUACAGACGAUGCCACUGUUGCUGCCUGGCAUAACCAGGGCCUGCCAAAUGAUCGGAUGUCCACCGAGAAUGCUGCCAUCCUGACCACUAGUGAGCGUUGGCCGCUCAUGAUUGACCCACAGCAGCAAGGCGUCAAGUGGGUCAGAAACCGGCUAGGGUCGGAGCUGAAGGUGGUGCAGCUGGGACAGAAAGGGUAUCUUGAUGUGAUUGAAGUAGCCCUCAGUAGUGGUGAGACAGUUCUGAUCGAGAAUCUGCCCGAAAAGGUCGACCCCGUCCUCGAGCCUCUGCUGGGAAGAAACACUAUCAAAAGAGGAAGGUACAUUCAAAUUGGGGGCAAGUUGUGCGAAUACAACAGUAACUUCAAGCUCAUACUACACACUAAAUUGGCCAAUCCCCACUUCCCUCCUGAGCUCCAGGCCCAGACCACACUCAUCAACUUCACAGUGACUCCUGUGGGCCUGGAGGAACAGCUGCUGGGACAGGUAGUGUCCCGGGAAAGACCCGACCUGGAGGCCCUAAAGCUGGAGCUGACCACACAACAGAACCACUUUAAGAUUGAGCUCAAGCAGCUGGAGGAUGACCUGUUGAGUCGACUCUCUGCAGCCGGUGGUAAUUUUCUGGGUGAUAUUUCUCUGGUGGAGCAACUUGAGAACACAAAGACCACAGCUGCCCACAUCCAGCACAAGGUGGUGGAGGCCAGAGAGAACGAGACAAAGAUCAACGAGGCGCGAGAACUUUACCGCCCAGCAGCUGAGAGAGCAUCACUCCUCUUCUUCAUCAUCAGUGACCUCAGCAAGAUUAACCCUAUGUACCAGCAUUCUCUCAAGACCUUCAACUCAGUGUUUAACAAAGCGAUGGAGCAUGCAGAAUGGGACGAGGAUGUGAGGACCAGAGUGCACACCCUCACAGAGGCCAUCACCUAUUAUGUAUUCCUGUACACCUGCCAGGGCCUGUUUGAGAGAGACAAGUUAACCUUCUUGUCACACACUGCCUUCCAGAUUCUGCUCAAACACGGUCUGAUCGAUGCUGAGGAAUUUGACUUGCUGCUGCGUUUUCCUGUGGAAACAAGCAAACAUUGUCCUGUGUCCUUCCUCUCUGCACAUAGCUGGGGAGCCAUUAAGACAAUUUCUACAAUGGAGAACUUCAGUGGACUGGACAGAGAUAUCGAGAGUUCACCAAAGCGCUGGAGGAAGGUGGUUGAAUCCAGCUGUCCUGAAAAGGAAAGACUUCCUCAGGACUGGAAGAACAAGAGCUCCCUCCAGAAGCUCAUUAUCCUGCGAGCACUUCGCCCUGAUAGGUUAACCUAUUCACUGAGGAACUUUGUGGAGGAGAGCAUGGGAACAAAAUAUGUGGAAGCUGCCAGGCUUGAAUUUGAAAAGCUGUACGAGGAAAGUGGCCCCUCAACCCCCAUGUUCUUCAUCCUCUCACCUGGAGUGGAUCCACUCAAAGAUGUAGAGAAGCUAGGCUUGAAGCUGGGAUUCUCUCUCGACAAAGGCACUUUACUCAAUGUGUCCCUGGGACAGGGGCAGGAGGAGGUAGCUGAAUGGGCUCUGGAAAAUGCCUCCAAACUGGGACACUGGGUCAUUCUGCAGAAUGUACACCUCGUGGCUUGCUGGCUGCCUUCUCUAGAUUCUCUCCUGGAGACGGUAGCGGUGGACUGUCACCCCAGCUACAGGGUGUUCAUCACCGGUGAACCAGCACCAAGUCCUGAGCAGCAUGUGAUCCCUGGAGGAAUACUGGAAAACGCCAUCAAAAUUACCAACGAGCCACCCACUGGCAUGAAUGCCAGUCUGCACACUGCCCUCAACAACUUCAAUCAGGACACUCUGGAAAUGUGUUCCAGAGAGCAGGAGUUCAACUCCAUGCUUUUCUCCCUUUGCUUUUUUCAUGCUUGUGUUACAGAGCGCCGUAAAUUUGGUCCCCAAGGGUGGAACCAUAACUACCCCAUCAGCACCGGAGACCUCACCAUCUCGGCAAACGUCUUGUAUAACUACUUAGAGGCCAACACCAAAUCCAUGCUGGUGCCUUGGGAGGACUUGUGUUUUCUUUUUGGAGAGAUCAUGUACGGAGGACACAUCACUGAUGACUGGGACAGGAGACUGUGUAAGACCUAUCUGCAAGAAUUCAUGCAUCCAAAAAUGUUUGAAGGCGAGCUCUCUCUGUGUCCUGGCUUCCUGGCUCCGCCGUUCAUGGACUAUAGUGGUUACCACAGUUAUAUUGACAAGCAUCUUCCACCUGAGAAUCCCACACUCUAUGGUCUCCCUCCAAAUGCUGAGCUGGAGUGCCUCACUGUCACCUCAGACAACCUGCUAAGGACUCUGCUGGAGCUGCAGCCUCCCGACUCCUCCAGAGGAGAGGGAGCGGCUCAGAGCACAGAGGAGAAGGUGUGAACAGGAAAGAGAAAAGAAGAGAGAGGAGAGAGAACAAUGACAAUGACCUACCUGCAUGAAUAAUCAUGCCAUGUUUGUCCCAUUUGUCAGGUGAAGACCAUCAUUGAGGACAUCCUUGAAAGGCUUCCAGAGGAGUAUAACAUGACAGAGAUGAGCACAAAGACGACAGAGCGAAGCCCCUACAUUUUAGUGUGUCUGCAGGAGUGUGAAAGGAUGAAUCUGCUGCUGGCAGAAAUAAGGAAGUCUCUCAAUGAGCUGGAUCUUGGUCUGAGGGGAGACCUCACCAUGUCCUCCAGUAUGGAGACGCUGCAGUCCUCACUGUUCAAUGAUUCUGUCCCCGACUCCUGGGCCAAACUGGCUUAUCCCUCGACUAAAACACUGCCACAGUGGUUUGCUGAUCUAAUGUGUAGCUGUCAUGAGCUGGACAGCUGGACUCAGGACUUUGUCCUGCCUGCUGUUGUUUGGCUGUCAGGGCUUUUCAAUCCUCAGUCCUUCCUCACAGCUGUGCUGCAGAGCAUCGCUCGCAAGAAUCAGUGGCCGUUGGAUAAAAUGACUCUGACUGUGGACGUGACAAAAAAGACCAAAGACGACUUUGGACAUCCACCACGAGAGGGAGCCUACAUCCACGGGCUGUUUAUGGAAGGAGCUCGCUGGGACACUCAGUCUGGCGUCAUAUCUGAGGCGGUCUUAAGGGACCUGACUCCAGCUAUGCCAGUGCUGUAUGUGAGAGCUGUGCCUGCAGACGAGCAAGAACUCAGAAGUACUUACGAGUGUCCAGUGUACCGCACCAAGCAGCGCGGCUCCACGUACGUCUGGAGCCUCCACCUUAGAACCAAACAGCCUCCUGCCAGGUGGAUUAUAGCUGGUGUAGCGUUGUUGCUGUCUGUGUGACAGUGAAGUGUUUGCCAACAGCAUUCUAAAAGCAGUGUUAAACAUUUUUAUUCUUUUUAGAUCGUAUUAAAACAUGUAUUUUAGUCAUGUUCCUGUGUGUUUGCGUGUGUUUUAGAUUUAAAGAUAAAGUACAGACGCGGAGUUUAACCUGUGGUGAACCUGUUGUCUGUGUGUGACACUGUUGAACUUUUCCCUUGAGAUGGCUCAGUGUGAGCAUGAUUUGUUGGGAGCUUAUGUCUCCAUCUCAGACCAUGUAAUUCUGGAUUGGGAGCAUAUUUUAUUGGAAGGUCAAGAUUAAAAAAGCCCCGUGGCUGCCCUCUACUAACUGAAUGAUACACAAUGCCGUCUGGAGGUUUCCCGGGACAGAAUUCCCAGGAGAUGAUGUGCAUGGUUGCUAUUGACUUUUAAAUGAGGUGCAUUUGACAUUGACCUUUUGUACGGCAGAGGCAGAAUACUAACUGACGAGUGUAAUUCAUUCAGCCUGGCCUGGUGAAGAAACCUAUUCAGAGACACUGAUAACUUUCUAUAAGAAAGCAACACAUUAGAUUACUCAUCCUUUAUCUGUCCGUGCGCUCUUUUAGCAUCUGAUUUACUUCAUUUGAACCAAAUUAAACAUUUAACUUUGAAAGACCCUAAAGACACAGUGUUUCUUAUCUAGAAUGGAUUUUUUUUUUUUUUGUAAUUGAUUUACUUAAGAUUCAUUGAAAAAACAAGAUCUUUAGAUUAUUCUAAAGCGUUGAUUGUUUAUGCUUUAAACCCUAACCCUAAAAAUAUUACAGGAGCUACAGAGAUAAGUGUGUCACUGACAAAAUACCGCCGACAGACGAGAUAACAACUGAACAAAUAGGUUGCAACAAACAGGUGUAACAUUAUCUUCUGUAAUAAACAGGAGAUAUUAUGAUGCACAAUUUACAGCCAGUGAAUUAGGUGUUGUAUUUUGGCGGGGGGGGUGGAGGAAGUCGGGGCUCUUAUCUCCUCAAAUGAGAUUUUCUCCAACACUAAUAACUGCUGUGUUGCACUUAAUUUCUCCCUGCAGCCAAAGCAGCCACAGACAGACAAGCAGAGGACGGAGGAUUGAUUCCGUGUAUUGUAUUGUGCAGGGGGAAAUGAAGAAGCAGUCUUCCUGUAGUUUCUCUUCAUCUGCCCUCUCUUCCCCUCAUUAGCACCCCAUAGCAGCUAGCCAGUCAUUUGGUGACAGGGAAAUGAUACAGUGCUGGCAGUGUUUGGGAGGAAAUGGCAGGGUAGAGCGCCCGGCGCAGCAGGGGUUAUGCCACUGAUAGUCAUGUUAAAGGCCAAGCAGGACACCUGGUUAAAGUCAGCAAAGGGCAUCUGGGUCACACCUACGCCUCACAGCAGCCAUGGGAGGGGGGAAAAACCCAAAAGAGCCCACAUUUGUUUCUUUUGGUACGUCACUGAUCAAGCAAGUGAAAUACUCGUGUACUCACUACAGCUGCUGUAUUCUCACAGACUAAAAUAUUCCAUGUUUUUGCCAUGUUAACCACCCCAAUGAAUUAUUUUUCACGUGAUGAAGCAUAAACCUGUUAACCAGUAAAUGUGCUGCUUUAGUGAC